CAACCAGAACUACCGAGUCACUCCCCCUCGGCACAAGCCACCUCGCCACCAUGUGUACGCCCGCCUUCCUAUCGGGAAAGUGGACGGGCUACUACAGCGACCAUCGCAAUCCCCGGCACACAAUGACCAUGUUCGAUCCGCCCAUGCGCGACAUCAACAUGAUAGCGCGGCCGCAGCCCCCAUCUUCUUCCUACUGCUCUCCUCACGCAAGAAACGCUGCUCCUCCUCACACUCCCACCACCCACAUGACGGCGCUGAUCGACCGUGAAACCAGGGGCGUAGACGGCCACGGCGAGUUCCGGCUUCAAGGCCAGGUCUACGCUGAUGGAAGCGUGCGUCUGGUGAAGAGUUAUAUCGUGCAUGGCUGGUCGUGGCGCUGGGCGGGAUGUGUGACGCCGUUUGGCAUUGUGGGGGUUUGGGGCGGUGAUGGCCGUGGUGGUGGUGGUGUACAGCAAGAUGCUCAUGUCGAUGUCGAUGUCGAUGACGAUGAUGAAGAAGAAGAAGAAGAAGAAGAAGACCAAGCACAAUAUUUCGGCGGCUAUUUCUGGAUCUGGAAGAACGAAUGGUGUGCAGCGUAAUUCCCAAUUCGAGGUUGCAUGUGCAGGACAUUUAGCUACAUACCCAUACUUAUACAAACAGUGAUGCGAUUAGUGGGGGGGGGCCAAAGAAGGUGUCACGUUGGGUAUAUA